AAGAAUGCACCAAUCUGACUGUUGCUGUUGGCAACCAAUGCUACUUCCGGUUGUACCAGAGCGAUUUGAAACACGUUAAAGGUGGCGACAGAUGGACGAAACCUACCUUGUGUAUUGUUCUUGUCUGCUGUGCUCUUUAACAAGGUAACUAGAAAGUUAGGAUGUCGGUCAUCAGCAGCCUUGUUCCUGCGAGGUUCCUGACCAUCAUCGCCCACCUCGUGAUUGUCAUCACCAUAUUUUGGACGCGGGAAUAUAACGUGAAGGCCUGCUUGCCUUUGGAGUUUACACAAGAGCAAUACAACAGUGAGGAUUUAAAGUUGGUGGUGGCUCUGUCAGUCACACUUGGGUUAUUCGCCAUCGAGCUUGCUGGCUUCUUCUCAGGAGUGUCCAUGUUCAACGGCAGCCAAGGCCUUCUGUCACUGACGGUCCACUGCAGCGCCUCCGUUUCCUUGUCUUAUUUUGUUUUUGAGAAGUGGGAGUGCUGGACAUAUUGGAUUAUUUUUGUCCCUUGCAGUGCGCUGCCUGCCCUCAUGGAGAUUCUUCUGCUUAUCGCUGUUUUUGGACUGUCAAAGAAGCCAUUAUAAUGUACACGUGGAUAAAUAGAAUGUGGAAAAGGCAUUUCUUUGUAUUCGGUCUAUAACGUUCACUUGUUGUGGGGUAGAACCUCAUCUCCGGCCUCUCUGUGUCAAGCAAGCACCGGGAGUAUGGCCUUCCUCAUGCGAGUGUUGGGUUUUUUCUGGCUACACUGACUUCCUGCCACAUUCCAAAAACAUCCACUUUUAAGUUCAUUGGAGACUGAAAUAUUAUUAGGUCUGAGUGUUAGUGUGAACGGUUGCUUGUGUACCUUUGCACUGUGUUUGGCUGUGACAAGUUCCAGCUCGCUUCCAACGCUAAUGAGGACGAGUGCUGUAGAAAAUGGAUGGAGGAAAGGAUGUUCACAUGUACAGUGGACCAUGUAUUUGUGGUUUAUCACCCUUUUUUUUUUUGGUAUAUUUUUUUGGUUUUUGUCUGAUUGAAAUCUGUUACUGCACCCUGAAAGUUUUGCAUAAAUGUAAAAUAAUAAAUACACUCUGUAAAAA